AACGGUUUCAUACAGCAGUGUUGGGUUUCCGUUUUUUUAAAACUGGUGAGUGGAUUUGGCUACUAUCUUGAUCUCAAUUGCUUUCUUCACUCGGAACACAAUCUUCCGAUCUCUACUCUGAUCUGAACAUUCGAGUAGAAAAAAAAAGGAGGAGAGAGAAAGAUGAGCGUGAUCGACAUUCUCACCAGAGUCGACGCGAUCUGCAAGAAAUACGACAAGUACGACGUCGACAAACAGAAAGAUCUCAACGUCGCCGGCGACGACGCCUUCGCACGCCUCUACGCCGCCGUCGAAGCCGACAUCGAUGCCGCUCUUCAGAAAGCGGAGACCGCUUCGAAGGAGAAGAAUAGAGCUUCCGCUGUUGCAAUUAACGCGGAGAUCCGACGGACCAAGGCUCGGUUGCUCGAGGAGGUUCCCAAGUUGCAGAGAUUGGCCGUAAAAAAGGUUAAAGGGCUUUCAAUAGAAGAACUUACUGCCCGUAAUGACUUGGCCCUUGCACUGCCAGAUAGGAUUCAGGCCAUUCCUGAUGGGACUGCGGCUGCACCUAAACAAACUGGUGGCUGGGCAGCUUCAGCUUCUCGUACAGAAAUCAAAUUUGAUUCAGAUGGGCGGUUUGACAGUGAAUACUUCCAGCAAACUGAAGAGUCAAGUCAAUUCAGGCAAGAGUAUGAAAUGCGGAAAAUGAAACAGGACCAAGGUUUAGAUGUGAUAGCAGAAGGUCUGGACACGUUAAAAAGCAUGGCCCAGGAUAUGAAUGAGGAAAUGGAUAAGCAAGUCCCUCUGAUGGAUGAGAUAGACACUAAGGUGGACAGGGCAACAUCUGACCUUAAGAAUACCAACGUUAGACUCAAGGACACUGUUAAUCAGCUGAGGUCAAGUCGAAAUUUCUGCAUUGAUAUUAUUCUGUUGUGUGUAAUUCUGGGAAUUGCAGCCUAUUUAUACAAUGUACUGAAAUAGUAAAGUGAUACCAUGGGCAACGGAAUCUUCUUGGCUUGAUCUGGUAUUGAUUGGCUCGCAUUGAUUGAGGACUUGGUGUGUGCUUGAUUUUGGAUUUGAUUUGUUUUAUCAACAUUUAUAUCUUUGUUCGCUGUUGAAAAAUGUAGUCGUCUUUCGAAUAUAAAUUUGGCUGCACUGGGUAUAUCUGUAUUAGUAAUCUAUUAUUUGUGGUGGUUUAUUUCCCUA